CUAGAAAACGUCAGGUUUUUGGGUUUUGGCUAAAAAUGGAGCCCACUGGGAACGCUUUUUGAAUUUUCCUGUGGUUGCAGAUUAUCAAUGACCAUGGAAGCGGGAACAGAGACGCAGCAAAGCGGUGAAACGGAGCCCGAGGCCCAGCAGAUUACCCUGGCGCAGGCGUCUAUAACAGCAGGUCAGGUGUCAUCCAACAGUCCCACGGUCACUCUGGUCCAGCUACCUAACGGUCAAACGGUGCAGGUGCACGGGGUGAUCCAAGCAGCUCAGCCUUCGGUCAUUCAGUCACCACAAGUCCAAACGGUUCAGAUUUCAACAGUUGCCGAAAGCGAAGACUCUCAAGAGUCGGUCGACAGCGUCACAGACUCUCAAAAGAGAAGGGAGAUUCUGUCCAGGCGGCCAUCUUACAGAAAAAUUCUGAACGACUUAUCAUCCGACGCACCGGCGGUCCCUCGAAUCGAAGAGGAGAAAUCAGAAGACGACUCAGGUCCAGCCAUCACCACGGUCACCAUGCCGACCCCCAUUUAUCAGACCAGCAGUGGCCAGUACAUCGCCAUCACUCAGGGAGGGGCCAUCCAGCUGGCCAAUAACGGCACAGACGGGGUGCAGGGCCUGCAGACUCUGACCAUGGCCAGCUCGGCUGCAGGUCAGCCGGGCACGACCAUCCUGCAGUACGCGCAGACCAGCGACGGGCAGCAGAUCCUCGUGCCCAGCAAUCAGGUGGUCGUACAAGCUGCAUCCGGUGACGUUCAAGCUUAUCAAAUCCGCACCACUUCGACCAGCGCCAUCACUCCUGGGGUCGUCAUGGCAACCUCGCCAGCCCUGGGGUCGGCAGGAGGCGCGGAGGAGGUGACACGCAAACGGGAGGUGCGGCUGAUGAAGAACAGGGAGGCCGCCAGAGAGUGCCGCCGGAAGAAGAAGGAGUACGUGAAGUGUCUGGAGAACCGCGUGGCCGUGUUAGAGAACCAAAACAAAACCCUCAUCGAGGAACUGAAAGCCCUCAAAGACUUGUACUGCCACAAAUCCGAGUGAAAGCCCCCGCUGGAGGGGGAUGGGCGGGUGGGGCUCGAACGAGACCCCUCCCCCUCCAGGCACGAACAGUGACUCAGCACAUCUGGACGCCACUCCUCCUUUUUCUACUACUUUCUUUUUAAAAACUGCUAAGAAACUCACCAGGAAUGAACCAGACGGCGAGCGAUCCAAGAGAAGGGAAGCGUGCCGCUUUCACUCGCGCUACGAUUACCCAUCUUCCUCCGGAUUCACGCAUUAACAUUCGUUAAGCUUUCAACUGUUGGUUGGCUGUUUUAUCUUUCACCUGUAUUUUGGUAAAAUAUUUCAUCCUAUGCUUCCUUGUUUUUUGUUUUUUUUUUUGUUUUAAACAUUUAUGUUUUGGCACGAACAAACAGAAAAGACAUGAAGCGUAUUUUAAAGAUGCUAAUCAGUGACUUGUACUCUUAAGUGAUGAGAUGUUACAGGAAGACCCUCCAGGAAACACAUGUAAACAGCCUGCAGUGGUUUCUUUUUAUAUCGUGGAUUUUUAAUCUUUUUUUUUUUUUUUUUUAAGCGACUUUCCUUCAUCGUUUUGAUUCUUCGCGAACUAAUGAGCCUUAACAAGCAGCCAAAAACAAAAAAAAAGAUGUGCAUUUCUGAGAGCUGUAACCGUAUGUUGCUAUAUUCUAAAGUCUAUAUUUGAGAGAAUACUGAUCUAUAUUUUGCAAAAUCUGCCUCUAAAUUGCAUUUGUUGGACAAAAAAAACAAAACAAAAAAAAAGCGGCAUGGGCACUUUCUUUGCAUUUACAAUCCUCCCAACAUUUCUGCACAAACAGGCUCUGAAUCGAUCGGACUUCUGCGAAUUUUUACUAAAGGAUUGUAAAGUUUGACCAAAUUGGCAACAAAAAAAUUAUAAGAAAGGAAUGCCAUAUUAUACUCUUAGGUAUUAUGUAUAGAUAUGAAAUAGUAUGCUUUUUUAUGUUGCUUCUUGUUAUUUUUUAACAAAAAUUUCUAAAUGUCAAUACCGAGUUGCAUACUACAGUGCAUUGUGCUAGAGCUAUACAGACAUGACAUUUUUGGCAGCUGUUAUUAAAUGUGUUUCUGGUAA